GGAAGAGCAAAUCAAGACUGGAAGAACCAUGAUACAAUUGACAAAUAUUUCCUUUUCGUGUAAAGUUUUUGAAACUAUGAGUGAAAUUUGUGUUUCGGGAUAUUGAAAAAAAUUAAUUGUGAAGGGAGUUUGAUCGCUAAAAAUGUCUGGAUAUAAAUUAGGAACUCGCAAAACAGCGAGACAUUAUGAUAUAGAACGUCUCGUAUUCUCAGUCUUGACUGAAGAAGAUGUUCGGAAAUUGAGUGUGGCGCGAAUUUAUAAACCUUUUGCUUUCGAUAAAUUUGGUUUAAAUCAUCCAGAAAAAGGCGGAUUGUACGAUCAAGCCUUAGGACCUCUAACCGAUAAUUCAGAUCCUUGUGACACAUGCGGCCACGGAUUAAUGAAAUGCGUCGGGCAUUUUGGCCACAUCGAAUUGCCACUUCCAGUCGUGAAUCCCCUUUUCCAUAAAACUUUAGCUUCAAUUUUAAAACUGACAUGUCGCCGGUGCUUCAAAUUACAAAUUCCCAGCCAUAUAAAGUUGAUUAUCUGCGCGAAAUUGAAACUUCUUCAAGAAGGAUUCUUCAGUGAAAUUCAAGGAUUCGAACAGGAUGUUACUGCUGCCCUCCCGGAGAAUCAGCCACUUGGGGAAGAAAUGCACGCCUACAUUCAAGACAUCAUUGAAAGUUACAUGCAAAAUUUGCGGAAUCGAUACAGACACAAUCCCUGUCAGGAAACUUCGAAUGGAAAUACGAGAAACUGGAAUAUGCAAUUUCAGGAUCAUGUCGAACAGAUUUUAAAGAAUUAUAAGGCCGGGAAAGCUUGCCUUUAUUGCUAUGAAUCUAUUCCUAAAAUUACCUGCAGUGGGAAUAAAUUGAUGAUGCCGAGAAUCGACAACUCAGACGAUUCUCGAGGCGCAGUUCACAGACAGAAUCUAAUUCCGAUUUAUCCUGAUCAUUCGAAGGAAUACAUGCGAAAAUUGUGGAUAAAUGAAAAAGAUUUGCUGCAAGUCUUGGUUCCAGUUUUUGAAUCAUUGGAUACACAAUUUCCAACCGAUAUUUUCUUCUUCUCUAUCAUUCCCGUUUUGCCUCCGAUUGUCAGGCCAAUUAGUAAAUUAAAUGAUCAAAUUAUUGAGCAUCCCCGGACUCUAGUUUAUAAAAUGAUCAUUCAAAACUGCCUGAUUCUUCGGAAAAUCAUCGGAGACAUUAAAGCUUCUCAAAAUGAAAACGAAAAUUUGAGUGAUAACGAGGAUGAAGAAAAUGAGAAUCCGCAACGAAAUUUUAAGAAGGAAAAAGAAAAGGAAAAGAACGAGGAAGUUCAGAAACUUCUAGAUCAAGUGAGAGGAAGCACCCUGAUUGAUAAAAUGCACAACACUUGGCAGGAAUUGCAAGUAAAUGUGAAUCACGUGAUGAACAGAGAAAUGGACAAAACUUCCGAUUCUCAAAGUUGCUUGGGAUUGAAGCAAAUUAUUGAAAAGAAGGAGGGUUUACUCAGAAUGCACAUGAUGGGAAAAAGAGUCAAUUUCGCAUGUCGUUCCGUCAUCACUCCCGAUCCAAAUUUGGAUAUUGACGAAAUUGGCAUUCCGGAAGCUUUUGCCCUGAAAUUGACUUAUCCGGUUCCUGUGACUCCCUUGAAUGUCACUGAACUUCGCCAGAUGGUUUUGAAUGGACCUGAAGUUCAUCCAGGAGCAGUUAUGAUUGAGAAUGAAGACGGGGUGAUAAAGCGAAUAAGUGCCGCGAAUUACUCACAAAGGGAAAGCAUUGCGAAAACUCUCCUGACGAAAACCGCAAAGUCGAACAAAUUUUUUGACGGAAUCAAAAUAGUCCAUCGUCAUUUAAAAAAUGGGGACAUGAUGCUCUUAAAUCGACAGCCAACUUUACAUAAACCUAGUAUAAUGGCACACAGAGCUAGAAUUCUCAAAUCGGAAAAAACUCUGCGACUCCAUUAUGCAAAUUGCAAAGCUUACAAUGCUGAUUUCGACGGGGAUGAAAUGAACGCCCACUUUCCUCAGAAUGAAAUUGCUAAGGCGGAAGCACGACUCCUUGCAAAUGCUUCAAACCAGUAUUUGGUGCCAAAGGAUGGAACACCUCUCAGUGGUUUAAUUCAAGAUCACAUAAUUUCGGGUGUGAGAUUGACGAUGCGAGGAAAAUUCUUUGAAAAAGAGGAAUAUCACCGAUUGAUUUAUUCGGCGCUUUGGGCUGUACAGGGAGAUUUGGUCCUUCUUCCCGCGGCAAUCAUAAAACCGAAAGAACUCUGGUCAGGAAAGCAAGUUCUUUCAACUGUAGUUAUUAACUUGAUUCCGAAAGGUCGAGCCAAAAUAAAUUUGACUGGCAGUGCCAAAAUUGGAAUUAAGGAGUGGACGAGUUCCAAACCUAGAAAACCAAAGUGUGGAAUUCCACUCGAAAAUCCGAAAAUGAUGUCUGAGGCGGAAGUUAUUAUUCGAAAUGGAGAAUUGCUUUGUGGUGUUUUGGACAAAGCUCACUAUGGUGCAACAACUUUUGGUCUCAUCCAUUGUGUUUACGAGCUCUACGGUGGAAAUUGUUCGACAAAAAUUUUGAGCGCGUUUGGAAAACUUUUUCAAACAUACUUAUUGUACCUGGGAUUCACUUUAGGAGUUGAGGAUAUUUUAGUAACUCUGGAAGCUGACAAAAAACGGAAGGAAUUGAUGAAAAAAUGUCGAAAGAUUGGGGAAGGAAUCCAAAAAUCCGUUCUCGAACUUCCCGAGGACACGCCAGUGAGCGAAGUGACCGAAAAAAUGGAAGAGGAGCACGCGACGAAUCCAAAAUUUCGAGCAUUAGUUGAUCGUAAAUAUAAAACGUCCCUGGAUGAAUUCACAAACGACAUUAACAAAGUUUGCUUGCCAGCCGGUUUGAUACAGAAAUUCCCGGAAAAUAAUCUCCAGCUGAUGGUUCAAUCAGGGGCGAAAGGAUCGUCUGUAAACACUAUGCAGAUUUCUUGCCUCUUGGGACAAAUCGAAUUGGAAGGGAAAAGGCCGCCUUUGAUGAUCAGUGGAAGAAGUUUGCCAUGUUUUCCACCUUUCGAUCCCACUCCAAGAGCCGGAGGUUUUAUUGACGGAAGAUUCAUGACUGGGAUCGAACCUGCGGAAUUUUUCUUCCAUUGUAUGGCUGGAAGAGAAGGACUGAUUGAUACGGCUGUCAAAACUAGUCGAUCUGGAUAUCUUCAGCGAUGUGUCAUUAAACAUUUGGAGGGAGUUUCUGUUGAAUAUGACUUAACGGUGAGAGACACGGAUGGAAGCCUAAUUCAAUUUUACUACGGAGAGGACGGCCUCGACAUUCCUGGUUCUCGAUUUUUAAAUAUAGAUCAAUUGAGGUUCCUCGUCGAAAACAAAAAUGCGAUAAUCGACGAGGAUCUCCUAAAUCAACUCAAAGCCGAAUCCUCCGAGCGAAAAAUAACAAAACAGCAGAAAAAGAUAAAAAAAUGGGAAACCAAAAAUGGUUCAUCUCUCCAGAAGAGGCGAACGAGUCCCUUCGCGGCUUUCUCUGUUGAUAAUUUGAACCCUGACAACCCAAAACGACACCAAAUCGCGCCUCACUGCGGAAGAACGAAAGCUUCAAUCUCCUUAAUGAAAAAGUGGCUGAAAAGUGAUGAGUCUGUAAAAAAAUCUUAUCAAGCUAAAACUGCAAGAUGUCCUGCUCCUCUGAUUUCGGAAUACAGACAGGACUUGGAAUUCGGAGUGUUGAGUGAAAAAUUGGAGAAACUGAUUGCCGAUUAUUUGGAGACGAGGCAGAAUGGAGUGACGGUUAGUAAAAAUGAUUUGAAGGAUUUAAUCGCUUUUAAAGUGAUGAAAACUUUUGCGCCUCCUGGUGAACCGGUUGGAUUAUUGGCCGCUCAAUCGAUUGGAGAACCUUCGACUCAGAUGACACUGAAUACUUUCCAUUUUGCCGGUCGUGGAGAAAUGAACGUGACUCUGGGUAUUCCGAGAUUGACGGAAAUUAUUAUGAGGGCAUCAAGAAACAUUCAGACGCCGAGUAUGGAAAUUCCUUUCAGAAAGGAUAUCCCAAAAUUUGAAAAACGAGUCGAAGAGAUUUGCCGAAAGCUGACAAAAUGUGUCCUCGCCGACGUUUUGGAAAAUGUUGACGUCAUGGCAAAAAUAAUGCACACACAACCACGUCACCUGGUCUGCGAAGUUAAACUGAAUUUCCUCCCUAAAAAAUAUUACAAGCACAAAUUUAAUACUAGUCCGUCGGAAAUAAUCAGCUGUACCGAGAGGAGUUUCUUCAAGGAAAUGUUCAAGGAAAUAAAAAAAGCUGGAAAAGCGGCAGGUGGAGCUCUUAUUUAUAUUUUGGAAGACAAAGUUAAGGACAAGGACGAAAAUGCUCGACUCGAUGAUGACGACAGGGAAACGAGUCAGCGAAAUCCUCGAGAAGACGCCGGAGAAAAUCACGAAUCUUCCGAUGAAGAAGAAAUCGCCGAAGACGCUGAUGCUUCAACGGCGAGAUCUUUGUCGCGCCAUCGGGAAAAUCUUGGAUAUGAUGAUCCUGAAGAAGAGGAAAUGGAUGCUGCUGAUAACGAAAAUGACGAUUUGAUGGACACGAGUGCGAAUUUUAAUUUAAAUUCAAGUCAUGCAGACGCCGACGAUGGUUAUUAUUCAUCCCUCUCCCAGGAUUCAGAAAGAUCUCGGUCCCAUCAAAGAAAGUUGGAGGUUGUUAAUUUGUAUCCAAAUAUUCUCGAAUACGAUUACGAUGAAGAGAAAGAGGAGUGGGCAAAGUGUUCUUUCCAGCUUCCGUUGAAAAUGAGCCAAUUGGACCUUCAGUCGAUUUUCAAAAAAAUCGCAAAUAGAGUCGUUUUGUGGGAAACUCCAAAUAUAAAACGAGCGAUUACUUUUGAAAAUGCAGAUGGAGAGACGAUUCUGAAAACAGACGGAAUAAAUGUCGUUGAAAUGUUCAAAUUCGACGAAUUUUUACGAUUGGACAAACUUUAUUCCAACGAUAUCUACGGAAUUUCUCAGACUUAUGGAAUCGAGGCUGCGAAUCGAGUGAUUAUCAAGGAAGUGAAAGAUGUCUUCAAAAUGUACGGAAUUACGGUCGAUUCGAGGCAUCUUUCUUUAAUCGCGGAUUACAUGACUUUCAAUGGAAGUUUUCAACCAAUGAGUCGAAAGGGAAUGGAAAAUUCGGCAUCACCUCUACAACAGAUGUCCUUUGAAAGUUCAUUACAGGUCCUUCAAAAUGCUGUUCUUCAAGGAAAAUCCGAUGACCUAAAAUCGCCUUCUGGCAGACUGAUGGUUGGCCUACCUUGUAGAUUUGGAACGGGUUCAAUCGGCUUGCUAGUUGACCUAAAAAAAGUUAUGGAAACGCAAGAAGCGAAUGCUGUUUAUUAGGAAUAAUUGUAAUGGUAAUUAUAAUAAAAAAUAUAAAUAAAUAAUUUCUGAUGAUAAUUAAAGAAAAGAAAAAAUUUAUUUCGUUGAAGGUUUCUUUCAUUUAAAAAUGUUGGAUAUCAAUAACCUUUAUUGCUUAUUCGGAUUAUUUGAUAAAUACAAAUUUAAAUUUACGUAAUGGUGUAUAUGAUGUAAGAAUUUAUUCUUUAGUGUUAUCGAUGAGGCGUUCCCUACAAAAACACUAAGUGUGAAAAAACUACGCCAAGUAGCUGCAUGAAUUUUAAUGUUAUUCACCUAUGUUAAUAUAAUCGAAGUUGUGAAAUAAAAAAAAA